CCCAUGUAUAUACUCCUAUGUAACAUGUCUGUAUUGGAUAUGUCCUUCACCUCAAUGGUUCUACCAAAGUUGUUGGACAUCUUUCUGACUGGGAACAAUGUCAUCUCCUACAAGGGUUGCAUUACUCAGGUCUUCUUCUUUGUGGUGCUCAUGGUGUCUGAAUACUUCAUUCUGGCUGCUAUGGCCUAUGAUCGUUACGUGGCCAUAUGUCAUCCUCUACGUUAUUCUUAUUUCAUGAGUCUUCAUGUCUGUUUCUGGAUGUCAUGGACAUCAUGGUGUAUUGGAGUAUUCGAGGGCAUUCUUUACGGCAUUCUAAUAUCAUCUUGUACAUUUUGUAGGUCAAAUAAAGUAGACCAUCUCUUCUGUGACUUGAAGCCACUGAUAAAGCUUUCUUGUAGUGACACACAUACUAUAGAGAUGGUAAUACUUGGACUUGGCACCAUCAUUGGCUUUGUCCCUUCAGUUAUGACCUUGCUGUCCUACAUGUAUAUUAUCUCAGCAAUCUUGAAGAUUCACUCUAAAGAAGGAAGACACAAAACCUUCUCCACCUGCUCAUCACAUCUCACAGUCAUCCUCUUGUUUUAUGGCACAGUCCUUGGCAUGUAUAUGAGGCCAAAGUCCAGCUAUUCCAUGGACCAAGAUAAAGUGUUUGCUAUUUUGUAUGCAGGAGUCAUCCCGAUGCUCAACCCUCUCAUUUACAGCUUGAAAAAUGAGGAGGUGAUGAAAGCUCUGUACAAAAUCAAGAAAGAAGUAUAUCUUAAGAGAAGACUAUGGUGA